UAUCGCAGGUAGGAUUAUUGAUGAUGAACAGUCAAAUCUCACUCCGGAAACUGCUGAAAUAUUAGUGUGCGGCCAAGACUGGUUAAGAAAUGAAAAAGAACAAGGCUGGAAAAAAUUAAGGAAUGACAUGCAAUAUGAUUAA